AUGCAUAAAUUUUGCGGUAACGUUAACAUACCAUAUCGCCCGCCGUGUAAUGACGGGAUUUCGUCAAACCAAAAUCCCGCGCAGUGCACUUGACCCCUUAUUUGUUAAGCCAUCGCCUACUUUUUAACGGAACGGUCAACUAUACACACACUUGCGUUUAAUAGAGAGAGAAAACAGUAUAAGAUAGAGAGCGCGCGAAGGGGAGGGAAGACUGUUAACGGAGAUGAAUUACUAGCCCUUCGAUCAUCCGAGAUAUCGCUGAUCGCAGCCAAUUCCUACAGUGGAUUACCGCAGAUGACGCUCAAAGGCUCCCAAUUUUUCCUCAAUUUUGAGCCUCAGAGGGAUGCCUAUGGAUUUACUGUGACAUCAAAACACCUCCAUAGGUUUCAAGAAUACGCUGAUAUUUAUAAGGAAGAAGAAGAGGAGAGGUUACAGAAAUGGAAGGGCUUUCUUGAACAAGCAAAUUCUACUCAAUCUCAUCUUUCCAACAAGGAGAUCAAGUGUGUGGUUUCUGAGGUGACAAAUCAUCAAAGUGACCCUGAUCAUGAGGCAAGUGGAAGGGAUGAUUUAAGUGAAACGAACUCAGUGAAUUCUGAACUUACAAAGCAGCAAACUGAGCCUACUCAGGAGUUGACCGUAGAAGGGUAUGAUUCAGGUGAACAAAAGCCUGUAGGUUCUGAAGUUACAAAGCAGAAAUCGAUUCAGGAGGUGAGUGGUGAAGGGGAUGACUCAAGAGUACAGAAAUCUAAUUCUGACACUACGAUAGAAAGCAAUCCAAUUAAAGAGACCUCAGUUACCCUACAAAUAAAAUCUCGUGAGGCGAAGACAUGGGUUAAAAUUAAUCCAUCUCUAGAUGUCAUUGAUAAUAUGAUGAGUUUUCGUGUAAGGAGAAGAAACAUGGGCAGUGAAAAUAUAAUCUCUACCCACAAUCAGCUUCCAUCAAUAGAUGAGGCAAGAUUAUCAGAAGUGGAAUCUGAAGAGGACGGAGAGGAGAAAUUUUAUGACAAUGAGAUAGCUGAUGACAGUGCAGAUGCCUCUGCUGAAGGAAGUAGUGCCAGCAAUGAAAUUUCCCCAGAACCAGUAUUCCCUUGGAAGGAAGAAUUAGAGUUUCUCGUUCGUGGUGGAGUACCAGGGGACCUUAGAGGAGAGGUGUGGCAAGCCUUCGUUGGUGUUAGAACACGCCGGGUGGAGGGAUAUUAUCAGGAUUUGUUGGCUGUAGAUUUUGAUGCUAGUGAUGGUAAAGAGCACAAGGAAUUACUGUCGGGUGAUGAUAACAAGCACUGCAGCAGGAAGGGCGUUGAUUUGUCAGAAAAAUGGAAAAAGCAAAUUGAGAAGGAUUUGCACCGAACAUUUCCAGGACAUCCUGCACUGAAUGAAAAUGGUCGAAAUUCACUAAGGCGUGUACUUCUGGCAUAUGCGCGACACAACCCAUCUGUUGGGUAUUGCCAGGGAAUGAAUUUUUUUGCUGGCUUAUUACUUCUCAUGAUGCCAGAAGAAAAUGCCUUUUGGACUUUGGUGGGUAUUAUUGAUGACUAUUUUGAUGGUUACUUUUCACUGGAAAUGAUAGAAUCCCAGGUUGACCAGCUUGUUUUUGAGGAGUUGAUGCAUAAAACAUUUCCUAAACUUGGUAUCUCUAUGAUCUUAUAUUUCCCUUUUCUUUUUCCGACAAAUUUGUGUCAAAUAUUAGAAGUUUCUCAUUGCUUCUAUGAUGCUGCAGUCAAUCAUCUCAACUAUUUGGGAGUACAGGUGACAUUGAUAAUUGGACCUUGGUUCCUCUCAAUCUUUGUAAAUAUUCUUCCAUGGGAAAGUGUUCUUCGAGUUUGGGAUGUGAUAUUGUUUGAAGGGAAUCGCGUCAUGCUAUUUCGAACUGCUCUUGCUUUGAUGGAUUUAUAUGGUCCUGCUGUAGUUACUUCUAAGGAUGCUGGAGAUGCUAUCACUUUGUUGCAAUCACUCACUGCGUCCACAUUUGAUAGCAGCCAACUUGUGUUGACUGCUUGCAUGGGGUUCUUGACCAUUACUGAAGAUAGACUGCAAGGACUGAGAGAGAAGCAUCGACCAUCCGUAGUUGCAGCAAUUGAGGAAAGAGCAAAAGGGGGUCGAGUUUCUAAAGAUCCUAAAGGUCUUGCAAAUAAGCUGUAUAGCUUCAAGCAUGCACCUGAAUCAUUGGUAAAAGAAGGCAUGAUGGAAGCAGGAUCAGACAACAAGCUAAUGUCUGGUAAAGUAUCAGAUACAGAGUCUCAUUCUACAAACAUGGAUGAAUUUCUUAACAGCAGAACCAUUAAUACUGAAGUAGAUUCUCUUCCAGACCUUAAAGAUCAGGUGGUUUGGUUGAAGGUCGAGCUGUGUAGUUUGCUGGAGGAGAAGAGAUCUGCUACACUCAGGGCAGAAGAAUUGGAGGCUGCCCUUAUGGAGAUGGUCAAGCAAGAUAAUAGAAGGGAAUUGAGUGCAAGGGUUGAGCAGUUGGAGCUAGAGAUUGCUGAACUACGGCAAACCCUGGCUGAUAAGAAAGAACAGGAGAAUGCUAUGCUUCAGGUUCUGCUGCGGGUUGAGCAAGAACAGAAGGUCGCUGAAGAUGCUCGACUGUUUGCAGAACAAGAUGCAGCUGCUCAGAGUUAUGCAGUAAAUGUUCUUCAGGAGAAGUAUGAAAAAGUUGCGACUUCACUUGCUCAAAUGGAAAAGAGGGCUGUUAUGGCUGAGUCAAUGCUAGAAGCUACAUUGCAAUAUGAAACAGGGCAAAAUAAAGCAUCGUCAUCCCCACGGCCUGGAGUUGGAAAUGUAGAAUCUCCACAUAAUAUGCCAACAAGAACUGGGCUACUCUCAUUUGGCCUUGGUUGGCGUGACAGGAACAAGGGGAAGACAAGUAAUGCUGUGGUUUCUAGUGAAAGCAAAACUGUGAAUGAGGGAUCAGAUGCAAGCAGAGCGCAAAGUCAUACUAAUGGACAUCAAGAAUAGGGGAAAAACGUACUCAAUGUUAAACGCCGAUGGUAGAAGAAUCGCUUGCCUUUUUUUUGCUCUUGGGUUCAUCACGUUCUGCCUCCAAACCUUUGCUUCCAACCUCAAAUUCAUCAUCAGGAGUUUGAGACGCUAAUAUUGAACGCUCCAGAUGUGAUCAUAUCACCUGAUGAUGGAACUCUGGUGGGAUUAGUUGAUUGGACUAAUGAUUCUGUGUCAUUCCAAUUAUCAAGUCCACUACAUGACAUUCAUUUCUCUCAUUCAGUUGGUUACUCUUCAAGGGAUUUUUUGUUUCAUUACGAGUAGCAUCUGAUGCAAAUCCAUGCCCUUGUCCAUCUGAUGGGGAUGUGCUUAAAGACCGCGAUUUUGGAUGGUUAUCCAAUUUCGGCAAUCUGAUCGUUUACUGUUCUUUCAACCUUCUUUUUCACUGGAUAAUCAAGAUUCGUCAAAAGGGAAAUCUUCAUUUCAAAACUUGCCCAGAUGCAGAAGAAUGUGAAUAUUUUGCAGAUAAAUAAAAGCCCAAAGAGCGCAGCAAAAUGUUGGGUUCUCUGGGUAGGGUAAAAUUUCCUAAUUUAUGGAAGAAUACAACAGCUAAGAAGGAAAAAUGAAAAUUUUUACUUGUGUAAGUUGUGUUUGAUUUGAAAAUAUAGAUCAAUAAUUUUGUUGAUAUUAAUUAUGGUAUUUGGGAUUUGCAUUAAACCAGAUUAGUUGUAAUUUGCUGAUCAAGCUCACUGUUAAGUGUACUAUCAUAGGUCAUAUUGAGUAGUAAGAAUGGACCGUGCUAAAAUAAGUUUACAUCAAUUUCCUUAUUAUGAUUA